UUGUCUCUAGGGCCGAUAUGAGAUUCAUAAUAUAACUUAAUAUUAGAUUUCCAUCAGCUUUUAUCCGGUUGACACGUCUGUGCAGGUCUCAUUUUGGCAGCGUAAACAGAACACGGUGCAUCCUGUGUGUGAGUCACCUUCUCACCUUCUCCUCUGCAAACAUGUCACCUUUCAAACGACUCCUCCAGUCUCUCACUCUUGUGGCUUUCAGAGAUGCGAAUCGCUUUGCAGCCUGUUUGUGCACGAGGACGUGUUUCACUGCGUACGUUUGGGCGCUCUGUGCGUUUUCAUUGGUUCCUUCCUUCUCAGCCCCACUAGAUGCUGCUGUGGUGCUUAGGACGGACGAGGACAGCGUCUCAUGCAGACACGGUGCAUUCCGUUUUGCAGUUGUGUAAUUAUUAUGGCCCAGAUAGCUUUAAUAGAUUAAAUACAAAUUACAAGGACACAUCCAGUAAUUCACCAGCCUAUUUUAAUCAGAGUGUCCUCACUAAAAAAAAUCUCCCCCUUUAUCUGUAGAGUACUUUGCAUAUCAGUAGGCGCCUGUUUAAAAUUCUCAUGAGGCUUUGAGAGUUUAUUUUAAGGCUCCAUCCCAGUGUAAUAAUAGAAAAUCUCUUUAUGAUCUAUCUUUACGCCUGACUUUCUGUCCGACACCCUGACCUUGGUCUAGAGAUGGUUACUCGCCGACAGAUCUGCAGCUGAGUCAGAUUAUUCACAUCAGAAUUCAACAUGGUUGUAAAACGGGAGGAAUCAGCCCAAUAUUUAUUUGUCAUUUUUUUGUUUCUGUUUUAUCCUAGCGGCGACUUCCUACAAAGGAAAAUGUUUAAAAACUCCCCUAAAACUGAAAGUAAUUGUUUCUAACCGGUCACAUGUGCCUCUGGAGGAACAAGACAAAAAUAAAACUAUAAAUACUUGUGCAUCAAUGAAAGCAAGUGUUGACAGUACAGUACAUAAUUCUGUCAGGCAGGAAUGCAGCCUGACAUCCACAUGGACGUGAACUCCUGCAGGUUUUCUUCCCUUUCUGUGAAGCUCUUAUCUGCUCAUUAUAAUAAAAGUCUACUGGAGUGAGCGCUCCAGCACUGAAAAUAAUGUUUCCAUAAAAACGUAAGCACCCGUCAGGCAUUAGCAUUCACGCCGACAGUCCCGUCCACGCACUGCCAGGAAAAGUUCCCUAAGCUCAAAAUGGCUCGUUAAAAUCUGUUUUCAUUGCCUCGAGGAGCUGUUUCAUUCUUUGUGGACAAUUACUUUUGAUCGUGUGUACACACAAUGUUUUCAGCUGUGGCAAAAUGAUUAAACAUCUACACGGGCAGCGCUCCGGCUGCACGGGAAUAACGAGGUUUCUAACCUUGCGAUGUCUUUCCUCGGAAAACGGGAACGUUGUGCGUUGCCCUCCCGGAGCUUUUCAUCUGGAAUAAUUUUAGUCUACUUCAUAAUUAGUGCUGGUUGAAUGUAAUGGCCAACCGCUGCAUUGCAUGAUGUGGUGAAUUGCAGGCUACUUCUUGUGCUCUUCCAAUAAUUACAGGGUUUAUUGCUGCAGCAGUGGCCGCUGUGGUCGACCUGACACUAAGCUUGGAUGGGGAGGUGGGAUUGAUUUUUUUUUAUUUUUUUUUUGGUGGCUAUACAAGGCAGUGAGGAUAUAAUAGUGAUGUGAGAGGCAGGGAGGAUAAGCACUUGGGACGUAGAGAGAGAGAGAGAGAGAGAGAGAGAGAGAGAUGUGGACGACUCCAGCGACUCUGGAGGAGGGUGAAGCAGUCAUCUGUGUCUCCUGCUUGAUUGCACCUGAGUGCUGUGGCCAUGACAGAGUGAGCGCCGCUGUUCGCAAAUGAUGGUUUGUUGUUGUUUACUGGCCCUGAAGAUCAGCUGAUUGUCGCCCCACGAUGGAGAACAACACCACGGUGUUUCAGGACGUUACCCACCUUUUGAAUCUGACAGAAAAACCCCUGUUUUCUCUGGAGGAGCAGGUCAUGACCAUAUUCCUAACCAUGCUUAUCUGCGGAGUCGGCAUUGCUGGUAACAUAAUGGUGGUGCUGGUGGUGCUGCGCACUAAACACAUGGUGACGCCGACCAACUGCUACCUGGUCAGCCUGGCGGUGGCAGACCUCAUUGUGCUCCUGGCUGCAGGGCUGCCCAACAUCUCCGACGUGGUGGCCUUCUGGAUUUACGGGUACACGGGAUGCUUGUGUAUCACCUAUCUUCAGUACCUGGGCAUCAACGUGUCGUCCUGCUCCAUCACCGCGUUCACUAUUGAACGCUACAUUGCCAUCUGCCACUCAAUACAGGCCCAGUUCAUAUGCACUGUUUCCCGGGCCAAGAGGAUCAUAGCUGGAGUCUGGGUGUCCACGUCGCUCUACUGCAUCAUGUGGUUCUUUUUAGUGGACACUAAUGAAACGGUCUACGCCGACGGGGUGGUGGUCACCUGUGGCUACCGCGUCUCCCGGAGCCUCUACAUGCCCAUCUAUUUCCUGGACUUCACUCUCUUCUACGUGAUCCCCCUGAUCGUGGCGACCGUGCUGUACGGACUCAUCGCCAGGAUCCUGUUCAUGAGCCCUCUGCCGUCGCAUCUGAGCGACGCAGGCGGAGGAGGGGGCUCCGUCCACCAAGGUCACUCCACCAGCACUAAGCAGGCCAGCAAGAAUGCAGUGUCUGCAAGAAAACAGAUAACAAAGAUGUUGGCUGUGGUGGUGGUCCUCUUCGCCCUGCUCUGGAUGCCCUACCGAACGCUGGUGGUGGUGAACUCCUUCAUCGACCCGCCGUACCACAACACCUGGUUCCUGCUCCUGUGCCGGAUGUGCAUCUACGCCAACAGCGCCAUCAACCCCAUCAUCUACAACCUCAUGUCUCAGAAGUUCCGCGUCGCUUUCAAGAAGCUCUGCAGGUGCAACUGGCAGCGGGAGGAGAAGGCGGCCCGGUGCAACGUGCCCGUGUAUUACAGCGUGAUGAAGAAUUCCUCUCACGGGAGUAAUACGGAGCCAGUCACGGAGCAGGAGGAAAUAACCCACAACAGGUGCAAUGCAACGGAUGAUGAGGCGAGCACACUGAGCAUUUCUCAGUAAAGUCACUGUAAAACAUAUGUAACGUUAACGGCUCAAUCUUACUUGUUUUCUGUUUAAAGAGCCCCUAUUAUGAAAACCCUCCUCCUCCUUUUUUCACAUUUUGCUAAUUGUUGCAGUUCAGGCCAAUUAGAAUUCGUCACCUUGUCCACGCAGACUAGUGGCACCUUUAAAGUGAAUCUCCACUGCCGCUCACUGGCUUCAAAUAUGAAUUGAGUUGGCACAAGGAACAAUCUGAAUCCAAAAGAUGUGGUUGUACGGUGUAUGUCGGUGUUGCCAGGACGGCAAGAGGGAAAGUGUGACAUGACCUCUUCUGUGCAUCAUAUGUACAUCUGCAAAGAAGUCUGGGAUCACGUCUCCUUAACAAACCAAGCGACAUGAAAACUUCUUUACCCCACAAAGCAUGAUAGAAGACAUUUACUGAGGAUGUGUAGACAUUAGUUGUGUUUGCUGUGACUCUUGUUUUGUGUAGUGUACUGUAGCUAUGGUGCGUUUGCAUGAGACCAAGCUGUGACGUAAUGCGUGUGCGUAGCUCUUUAUUUACAGUCGAUCAUUUUGUGCUGAACUUUCAAAUGCGGGCAUUUUAUGGACCUUGUUAAAUUGUUUCAUCUAGAGACAGUUAUGUACAAUCAUGACCUAACCAAAUGAUGAGCCUUAUGUGUCUUCAUGUCAUUGGAGCAAACACUGACAUGUUCCUCCACACUUUGAUCCGUCCCAUUUUCUCUGUUACGUUUUGGAUGCGUUUCUUUGUGUCCUCAUGCUGUACGAGAAGGUUACAUCUUAUAUUAAAAAUAUGAAACCCAGCCCUCAUCUGACUCCAUCACACAAACAGCGUUAUUAAAUGCUUAUGAACUGACUUAUGAACUAAACUGCGGCAAAGCUAAAAAAUAAAAAGUAAACAAGAAAAGCAUGAACUAAAACCCCACAAAUAGAUGCAAAAUCUACCACACCAGUGUUUAAUUGAAAAACUCCAAAGGCAGUUGUUGAAAAAUGAAAUUGAAUUGAAAAAGGUUGGAUAAUUUUAUAAACAAGUGGGUCUUAGGGAUUAUACACUAAACUAACCUGUCAAUACUACGAUUGUCUCCAAUGAAAUAUGGUGAACAACUGUUAAGAAAAGAUUGCAUAUACAGAAGAAUCUAGAAUAUAGAAGAUGGCACCAUCACUGAACAGAAGGCGCAUCAGUGGUUAAGAAGGUCCAGUAGGAAAAGCCACACACGUCGGUCCAAGAUCUGUUUAUCAGGGAGGAUUUAAUUUGUCAUCAAGGCAUAAAUGCAAAAUAUUCAGAAAAGUGUGAUGACUUUAAGUGUAGCUGGUUCUCAGCCGCUUCCUGCCAUGUGGACAGUGGGGAGGACCAGAGCUACUUUCUCCCAUUUCACCACGGACAAAUGGUGAUUGUUUGUUAUCUUUGAGUCAAAUAGUGUAAUAUCAGUGUGUAUGAUCCUAAUCGUGCUAUUGUAAUGUUACCUACAGGACUUGUAACUGUAGAGUUGUGCAAACUCCACACGUACUACAUGAAAACUGUAAAGUACUGCAUAUAUAUUUUAAAUAAUACCUUAUAUAGUGUAUACAUUAUUUGUGGGUUAAUGGAUGGUGUCUGUCCCAAACCCAAAACCCAAAUUUUGUGUAAUGCUGUAUUUCAUAUUAUUAAACCCCAUUUGUGCCUCCUCCUA